CACAGCUAGGAGUCCGUCUCAGACUGGUCGUUGGCUCUUACAGGGAGGGUUUGAUCAAAAUAUGCUCACUUGCUUGAUUUUAUACCAAAAGAUUUUUUCUCCUUUUAUGAAUCAGUUAAUCGUUUAAAAAUCUGUCUUAUCGAGAAAGUUGUUCAGUUCAUUGCAGUUUUCAUAUUUAGGCAUUUGAAGGAAGCGAAACUCCCAGGGGCCGCUUUGCAGACGGAGAAAACCGAAAGUAGCUCUCUCCCGCCGAGGCAGCCAUGGACGCUGGGGGUCCCGUGGCGGAGCUGUGCGAGGAGGCGACGUGCCCCAUCUGCCUGGAGUUUUUCCAGGAUCCCGUCACGAUCGCCGAGUGCGGCCACAACUUCUGCCGAGCCUGCCUGGCCCGGAGCUGGGGGGAGUCGCCGGCCGAGGCUUCCUGCCCCCAAUGCAGGGGAACAGCUCAGCCAGGGGACCUCCGCCCGAACAGGCAACUGGCCAACGUUGUCGAAAUAGUGAAGAGAAUGAGUCUUCCGGGGGGAAACAGAAGAGCCACGGAGAGGGUAUGCAAGAAACACCGGGAGUGCCUGAACCUUUUCUGCCAAGACGACGAGACCCUCUUGUGCGUCGCCUGCGGCAGGUCCAAGGAGCACAAAGAGCACGAGGUGAUGCUGGCUGUGGACGCUGCCGAGGAGUAUAAGGAUAAAUUCUGUAGCUGCCUAGAAACUCUGAAGAAGACGAGAGAAAGAAUACUGGAAUAUAAAGCAGAUGUAGAAAAGGAAAGCCGAGAGCUGCUUGAGCAAACAGGAACGGAGAGGCAAGAGAUGGUGGCUGAGUGCAGACAAUUACGCCAGUUUCUGGAGGAAAGAGAGAGACUUCUGCUGGCCCAGAUGGAAGAGGUGGAGGAGGAGAUUGCAAGAGAAAGGGAUGAGCGUCUGGAAAGGCUCUCCAGGAAACUCUUCUGCCUUGAGUGCCUCAUCCGGGAGAUGGAGGAGAAGAUUCAGCAGCCGCCCAGUGAACUUUUGCAGGAUGUCAGGAGCAUCUUGCAGAGGUGCGAGGAAAAGGCGAAGUCUAAGAAGCCACCAGCUUUUCCUCGUGCACUGAAGUGGAGAAUUUGGGACAUUUCUGACCAUAACAUCUUACUGAAAGCUGUCACAAAUCAGUUCAAAGCUGCUCUGGUCUCUGGUCUUCAGUUACACAAAGCAAAUGUGAGUCUGGAUCCCGACACAGCCCAUCCCUACCUCGCCCUGUCUGGGGACUGGAAAAGCCUACAGUGGGGAUGGGCACCCCAAGACCUGCCCAACAGUCCUGAGAGAGUUGACUUCUGGCCUGCUGUGCUGGGACGGGAGGAAUUUGCAGGAGGACGACAUUUCUGGGAAGUCACUGUGGGAAGUGCGGGAGACUGGUUUGUGGGCAUCACCGGGAAGUCUGUGAAGAAGAAGGGAAGAAAUACCCCUUUUAGUGUUAACAAUGGCUUUUGGAGUAUAGGGAAGGCAGGUAAGUUUUAUCAGACGUCAAAUGAUGACUUUCCUCUGUCUGUGAGUUCAGAGCCCAAAAGGAUCCGAGUGUCUCUGAACUACGCUGGGAGGCAGGUGGCCUUUUUUGAUGCUGACAAAGCAGCCAUUCUGUUCGUGUUCUCAGACACCUACUUCGGUAGAGAGGCCCUCCAGCCCUUCUUUGCGGUGUUCAAAAAAGGCUACCUCAGACUCCCUCUUUAAGGUAGUCAAAUCACACUCCUGGAAGUGACGUCAUUGCGCCAUCCAGUGAGCUUCAAGACUCAGUAGGGCUCACUCAAUGCCGUGUUCCUUGAUUACAGUCUCAGGAUUUAAAAUCAUACAUCUAUGUCGUGUAGGACUGCUUUCUCCUCCAGAAUCCAGUUUUGGCAACAAACACUGACCCAAAGCCAGGAUUGAAGGCAUCCAAAUUUGCACUACAUGUAAGAGCAGAUGGGAAUGAUGGAAUGUAUAUGACAGAAUUGUUCAAGAAGGCAUUUUUAUAAAGUGAACAAAGUUAUG